CAUCAGUUUGGUAGUAAGUUUGAAAUAAAAAAAAAAUAAAAGCAAUGAUAUGGUGCCUGAACUCAACGGUUACCACACAGGAAAUUGCUAACUAUUUUUGGUAAGCUUGCGCUGAGUUGACACAGCUUUCCCCUGGGAUGGGGGGAGAGAAACGAGGACGUGACGUCACCAGAGCGGUUUUGGAGGCUCGAGGGUUUGGGAUUCUUAUGUGAAUUGUUUAGUUGGAUCGGCUUGUUUUCAACUGGAAGACUGGUGACUUUUUAUCCACGUGAAAUCAUUUUACCGUAAAAGAGACAAGGCUACACAUCUUCAACGUUGAAAUUCUGGUGGAAUGCUACGAACAGUUUGUAAAUGAGGAAAUUACCGGAUGGCGACCGCCGUGAUGAAAAUGGCGGCGGGUACAAAAUGAAGUACUAGUGGUACUAGGCAACGAUGUGUUCAUCGUUGGCCUUGAUUUUCUGACAAGCAAGCGUUAUGUUGUUGUUCGGUGUAUGCCUUUAGCUGUCUAACGUAUAUCAUGACUGCUACUGUAUCAAGACUUUCGUGGUUUUGAUGCUAGAGGCUAAGUCGGCUGAAGGUUUAAAUUUCAAUUCAACGGGUCCUUGAGGGAAGUCGUGUCAUCAUCGAUUUAAAAUGAACUCUACAAAGGCUAAGGACUCGGACAAGGCUUCAGAGGCAUGUUGCAUGGCCUUCACUCCACAGAGCUCGCCAACCCGUGGUGGGGAGGUGAUAUUUAUUACAUACUCAGAUGAUUUUCCACUACCAGACAAUGGAGAAUUUUACCUGGUAUUUGAAGGAAAAAGUCAGCGGCAUGUAACUACAGCACAACAAAUAAAUGCAUAUACUCUACGUGCAGUUGUGCCAGAUCAUGACCAGGCAGAAAGAGUCUCACUUACUGUAUACUGCGCCCAAGAAAACAAAGUGGGCUCUCUCUCGUCACAUAAAUUUUUGUACUUGCUGGAGACAGAACAAAUCAUUGCACAACUUUUGGCAGACAGUGCAUCAGAUAGCAAGCUUUUUGAAUGUCUCACAUCUUUGUCAGAAAUAUCAAGUAGUUUAUCCAAGGAACUUAAAGACACAUUAGAUUCCAGAAUAACAAAUGCAUUUGAGUUUCUGGAUUUGUCUCCUACUUGGUCAUUAUUUGGUGAAAAAGGGAUGGAGAAUUAUCAGAAUGUAAAUGGCCAGGAAACGUUACUUCAUCUUUCGGCCAGAUUGGGAUUCACUCAACUAGCAACUUACCUUCUGGAUCAGCCAGGAUCACGUGAGGCUCUUCACACGCAAGACAAGUCAGGAAAAGUACCUGAGGAUAUCGCACGGGAAAGAGGAAUGAAGCUGCUUGCAGACAUGCUUUCAAGGGGUCCUGGUGAUUGUGAAAAGAGAACACCCAAAGACACAACGAAACCGCAAGUAAAGAAAAGUGAGUUGGGUACCACCACGAUAUCAAGUUACACAUCUCAAGAACAGAACUCACUUGAGAAGGACAUUGAAAUGCUGCAAGAUAUAAACUCGCUUGUUGAAGAAGAAAUGAGGAAGAGAAUACCUAAGUUUCGUCACUCAUGGCCGGUCAGAAGAAAAACUAAGGAUACAGCAGAAGACGCAUCUAGCAGUGAUGAAGAAUUAAAGCAAAUCAAUAGGGAACUUUCAUCAAAGAAGUUCACAAGCCAGCUGAAUAGUGUGACUUCUGGAAGAAAUACUGGGGGUGGAAACCGACAUUUGUUAGAGGCAAACCUCAAGAGAUUGAGAGAUAUCAAUGAGGAAAUACAAAAACUUCGAAUGGUUAAUUCACAAAGAGGUCCCAGAGAGGCUGGUAGAGGUGGAUUGCAAGGAAAGCAUUUGCGUCGCUUGUCCUGUCCAUCAUUAAGUGCACAGGACCUUCAACAAGCUCAUGUUAUCGCAGGAAUAAAAGCAAAAGAUGAGAAACCGGUCAUGAAUGGCACUUUAGAGCAAAAAGAUAAAAAACCUGGUGGUCUACUGACUGAUAAAUUAAGAACUUCCCAAACAAGGGAGACUAUUGCAGAGAAAGCGAAGGAUAUAACUCAGAGUCAAGAAGAUUCAUCCGAUAAUACAAAAAAUAAGCUCCUUUCUGUUGACAAUAAAAGUGAUGUGCGGCGGACACACAGCUGGGGAAAACAGGAGGAAAAGCCAGAAUUGACCAAGAGAAGCUCAAGCCUUGAUGACUUAACAAAGGGCAUUGACAAUGAAGAAAAAGUUAAAAACAGCAAACCACUUAGCAGGAUACAAGCUCUCAAAAGCAAAAGACCUGUUUCAUUAAAUCUCGACACUCCCAAAGAGGAGGGAAAUAAACUUGCAGAUAUUUUAGAUUCUAUAAAGAAAGCCAGCGAUGGAAAACAAAACAUGGCCAAGUCAUCGAGCAAUACGUCAAUAACAUCAUUGAAUGAUGUCGAUUUAAAUGUGAACCAUAAAGAAGGUGGGCUUUUAAAUCCCAACAAAAGUAAUCUCCAGACGAAGUCAUAUUCAUACAGCUGCCUUGCUGAUCUCAAACUAGGCGAAGAUGGGAAUCCUGUUGAUAAUAAGAAACAAGGAUCUCAAUUUAGCCCGGAAAUUCAGAAAAGGAACUUGUCAAAAGCAGAGACACAGAUGUCUUUGCUGGAUUUUCUCAAUGAUGAUCCAAAAAGGCGUCAACUUCAAUUAAAUGCUAAAGCAGCAAAGAAGUGGCAUUCCCUGCAUGCUUUAGCUACUAUAAGGGAAUCACAAGAUAAAGCUCAAAACAGGUUGUCACUGGAAGAGUUCCUGGGCGAAAAUGGUCCCGACUUGAGUGCUGAAGAUUCAGAAGAAGCCGAAAAGCCACAACCUGAAUCUGGAAAAGGCAUUCGCCGCUUUAGCAUGCUGUUUGGAAACAAGUCAUCAUCCAAGCAAUUAAAGCGAGAACUUCCAAAGCUGCAGAAGGGAAGUAAUAGAAGUAGUUUACGAAAAGACAAGAGCUUCGCACGUAACAAGGAUAAUGAAGACAGUAAAAAGGAGACAAAUGAUGGCAAAGAACAGCAUAAGACUGCGCUAGGAAGGAGAGCUUCAGGUGUGACCGCUAAAAUGUCUAAACCUGGAGAGCAGGUGCCGAUGCUUCCCAACCCUGGCUUGUUAACACGGAGUGGUCGAGGCGGCACUGUUUCUUCAAGAUCUAGCCUUCAUACCAAGCCAGCCUCUCCCCUGCCUUUUAGAAGCAGGAGCUUCACAAUGGACGAAGAGAACAAAGAUAAGGACAAGGGGAAGGACAAACCUAGUACUGCUGUGUCGCCAGAUGUGUCUGGAGAUGAUGAAGAUGAGGAUGAAGGAGAAAUGAACGAUGAGUUUCAAGGUGAUCCUGACCUUGAUAUCAAAGAUGAACCAGAAGCGUGGAGCGUUACAGUCGAAAAGAAGAUUCUCAAAAAGAUGACAGCAAAGGACAUCAAGAGACAAGAUGUCAUUCACGAACUGAUUCAGACUGAAGUCCAUCACGUGAGGACUCUAAAAAUCAUGCAAAAGAUAUUUUACAAGGGGAUGUUGAAUUACUUAGCGCAGGAAACUGUAGAUCAGAUAUUACCGAGACUUAAUGAUCUGCUUCAAAUUAAUGGGGAUUUCUUAGACCGUCUGAAAGCAAGCGAAGGGGAGGACACUGUAGUGAACAGUGUUGGAGAUGUACUGGAACAACAGUUCAGUGGAGAAAACAGUGACAAGAUGAAGAGUGCGUAUGGCGAGUUUUGUAGCAAUCACAUGGACGGUGUGGAACUUUACAAGAAAUUACUCAGAACGGAUAAGAAGUUUGCAGACUUUAUUAAGAAAUGUAACAUGAACAAGUUCUGUCGACGACUGUCCAUCCCAGAGUGCAUUACGCUUGUCACCCAGAGGCUCACCAAGUAUCCAAUACUGAUUGAAGCUAUCGUCAAAACUACCAGAGAGUCCAAACCGGAUUUCAGCUCACUGAAGAAGUCCAUAACCCUUGUCAAGGAAAUAUUACAAAGUGUCGAUCAGACGAUAAAAGAUAACGAAAAACAGAAGCAACUACAAGAUAUGAAAAUGAAGUUGGAUUUGAAAGGAACUGUGACAUACAAGAACGGAAAAGUGAAGAACAUCGACUUCGCAUCGACCACGAGUAAACUGCUCCACGAUGGUGUUUUACUGUGGAAAACCAACAAGGGAAAGCUAGUUGAGACCCGAGUGUUGAUUAUGGAAGACAUGCUGGUUUUCCUUCAGGAAAAAGACCAGAAGUACAGUUUGCUUUCAUUAGAUCAGAAGGCUCCUAUACUCAGGCUUAAAAAGGUGAUUGUGCGAGCUGUUGCUACCGACCCGAAGGCCAUCUUUCUUGUCAGCACUAGUAGUCAAGGACCAGACAUCUACGAGAUCGUCUUUGAUUCACCCGACGAAAUGAAACGUUGGAUGGCGAUUAUCCAUCAAGCUGUGGCCAACGCCCCUGCGGAGGAAAACCUGGAUGAUAGUCUUUUCACCACAGCUGCGGGGGAGAGAAGGAAGAUUAUUAUCCGUAGAGCCAACGUCCUUACUGAGCAAAUUCAAAACAAAGAGGUUGAAUGCGCGGAUAGAGGAAAGCACUUGGCUGAGAUGCAGGAACUCGUCUGUCAAAUUGAAGUCCUGGAAAAGUCCAAACUGGAUGUUGAACACAUCAAAGAACUGUCAAAGGCUAAGUAUGUUGAUCAGCUAACAUAUUUUAAGUAACACAUUUAAAAAAAAAUUCUUUUUCUACCUACAAGCGAUCAUUUGAUCAGCUCUCUCUGUGGUCUCAAGCAUCUAGACUAUAGUUUUAGUCAAAGUAUUAUGUCACUGCAAUACUGCCACACCAACCAAGUCGUUUCGAAUCU